AGUUUUGGCGUUCAUUAUUAUUGAAGGAGAAUGCGGUUCUUAUCGACUUACACAAAUCCACAUGGAGUCAGCAGUAACCAUAUUUGUUUAAGCAAGUCAGCCAUAUCAGCUAUGGUUUUUAAAAAGGCAGUAAAUGUUGGGACAGCUUUCUUAGGCCCAAACAGUUUGUGGGCAGUUUGUCACCGUUAUAGUGCAAUUAAUCAAUUGUUUUGUGUUGUGUAGACUGGUUGUCAAUUAAAUAGUUUACUCAAAUAGUUUUCUUGUCCUCAAGUUGUUCCGAGCCCUGUCGCAGUCACACAUGCGCAGGUGCAGAGCUGUCGGUUCGGGGAACGCGCAAUGACUCACUAUUUUGCAGGAAGAUGGAAUUUACUGCGCAAAUUGUUUCUCGUGCUGUAACACUAUUUGGCAGCGGAAGAAGAGGGGAAGGUUUUUGGCCGUAGAAUCGGUGUUGCCAUCAAACGGAGACUGGCUUGGCACAGGGGACAAACGGGAGACGAAAAUAUCCUUCAUAUCUUGCUAUAAUUUCACAAUAAAGCGGGUCUUCGCAGAGACCUGAUGUGACCGUCAUCCCUGAACAGAGACAUCCGCCUGCUCCGAAGUCAGUCCUCUACCAUCCGUGGACAAUCUGRACUUGGUACCAUAGAUAUUUUCACCCUAGUCUGGCAGCUCGGCUGCUCCCCUAUAUGCUGAUGAAUGAAGACCCAAUUCAGGAAGAGCGCGCCGGGCCAGCGAUCCAGAGCUGAUGCAGGGCACUCGGGUGUUUCUGCAAAUAUGAAGAAAAAGAACUCCCACAAGAAACAAAAGAACAGCAUGGGCCCCAACAAGGCAGUGUCGUCGGCGCCGCGGCGGAACAUGGUGGGCUGUCGUAUCCAGCACAUCUGGAAGGAGGGGAGCGCUACGUCUCAGUCACAGUGGAAAGGCACGGUGCUGGACCAGGUGCCCGUCAACCCCUCGCUCUACCUCAUCAAGUACGACGGCUUCGACUGUGUCUACGGCCUGGAGCUGCAUAAAGAUGAGAGGGUACAGGGCCUCGAGGUGCUCCCUGACCGUCAAUCCUCUACGCGCAUCAGCGACGUCAACCUGGCUGACACGAUGAUAGGGAAGGCAGUGGAGCACAUGUUUGAGACGGAGGACGGAACUAAAGACGAGUGGAGGGGCAUGGUUCUGGCCCGGGCACCCAUCAUGAAUACCUGGUUCUUUAUCACCUACGAGAAAGACCCCGUCCUGUACAUGUACCAGCUCCUAGACGACUACAAGGAGGGAGACCUGAGGAUCAUGCCUGACUCAAAUGACGCUACGCCUGCGGAGCGGGAGCCGGGGGAGGUGGUGGACAGUCUGGUGGGGAAACAGGUUGAGUACGCUAAAGAGGACGGCUCCAAACGAACUGGCAUGGUCAUCCACCAGGUGGAGGCCAAACCCUCUGUAUACUUCAUCAAGUUCGACGACGACUUCCACAUCUACGUCUACGACCUGGUCAAGACCUCCUAAGGGCCACCUUUGACCUCUGACCCCUUUUCACACUACUGAGCCGAAUCGAGCAGUGCUGGUCUGUUUACGUGUCCAUCCACCAUUGCUGAAAAGGACUAUGUGGGAAAAAUAUUUCAUAGAGAGCCAGUAUAGCCUGGUUCGGGUCAGCACGGUAGUGUGAAAAGGCUACUGGAUCACUGGGCCCAGAGGACAGGAGGCCUGUCUGGGGAGUUAACGAUGGAUGCGUAGGUUGUGGGGAAACUCUACCAUGCAGGAAAGACGAUCAACCACCACCAUCACCACAUGGAACCUUAUCUUAUCCACCAAUUUUCCCAAAAUAUCUCUUCAACGUUUCAUGCAAAUACUUCUUUGAGAUGUGACAGACGGACAACUGGAUUGGAUAUUUCACUGAAGCCUUUGGAUUUCUACUCAUGAAACAUCUCUGAUAGCUCUAGUCAGAGAAGAAAAAGGGGGCACUGUGCAUCUGAAUUAGUGGCCACAAUUUGUUUCGUCAACUGUCUAUCCCCUGUAGUUGAGUGAUCCUAUGGAUACAUCCCAUCAAUCUCUAAGGGAAAGGACAGGGAAAAGAUAACAAGCCUUAUAUUUGCACACUGCAUAUAAAGUUAGUUGGCAUCUCAUUCGAUUAUUAUCAGUGAUUUGAUGACCAAACCAGUCAUAGCAAUGUAUCUCCUAUAUAUGUGUGAGUGUAUGAGCUCUUGUGUUAAUUAUUUUGUUGUACAUGCAGUUCUGGAGUCCCCCUAUCUUACAGUGGUCAGUGACUACAGUACUUGGGUUUGUUUCAGUUUCGUAGAAUCAUUCAAACCCUGACUAUGAUUACAUUUGUUUCUUUGUAAUGUUGAAAGAUAUGCAACAACAUAUGCAGUGAGCAAAGAAAUGUGUGGAAGUUAUGAGAGGGAGGUGACCAGUGUUUUAAAAGGAUACUUUGGGAUUUUGGCAAUGAGGCCCUUCAUUUACUUUCCCAGAGCCAGAUGAAGUCAUGGAUCCCAUUUGUAUGUCUCUGCGUGCAGUUUGAAGGAAGUUGCUAACUAGCGCUAAUGCAAUUGCUAACUAGCGUUAGCAUAAUGACUGGACGUCAUUGACAAAAUCCCAAAGUAACCCUUUGAUUCAAACGUUUUAUUUUUUUCCAAGAACUUGUUUACUUUAUACUGUAUUUAAUGUAUAUUCAUAGAAAAUAAUAGUUUGAUACAGAUUUAGUUCUAUCACAGCACUAAUUUCAAAAAAUCUUCUUAGAAGAUAGAGGAUUUAAGAGCACUUGUUUGUUUUAGUUUUUUUGUCUGAAAGGACAAUUAUAUUUUGAUAAUCUCAACAACACUAUUCAAAAAUGGUUAACCAGUGAGAGCGUUAAUCUGUUGUCCUGAGAAAGAUUUUGUUUAAUAUGCCUUGCCAAAUCCCUCGAUCCUUUUAAUUAAUUAUUCAUUCAUAAUAACAGCAAUAAUUAUUCAGAUAAUAAUUGUUUAUUGUUGUUCCUGUAUUCAUAUGUUUACAACAGUUUGUUUUGUUGGGGAAAUCUAUUUUCGUUACUUUUUUACUUGUCAUACGUUACUUAGAAUCAUCACAUUCUUCUUGACCUCUGUGUUAAACACACUUUCUGUUUAAUUGUCAUAGUAACAUUUUAGUAAACUGUUUUCUCAUGCCUUUUAAAAACUGAAGACGGUAUGGUAAAAGCACUGCAAAGUAAGACAAUUAUUUAGAAGUGAAAAUUCCAUACCAGCUCCUCAAAAGUGUUCUAAAUUCAGCAGUACCACUACAACAAUACUAGAGUGAUUUUCGAAACAUUUUCACACAACUGUUAAUACACAAGAAGUAUUCAAAACAUUAAAUGCAACACCCACUUUAUGGAGUGCAUGAAAUAUUGUACUUGACGAACGGUUACUCGCCCUGAAAGAGAUUUUUAUUUGCUGUGUGUUUGUGUGUGUGUGUAACCAAACUACAUGUUCCACCAGAUGACCUCUUAGUAUGCUCCUUUAGGGACGUUACCCGUUGUCAGAGAAACAGUGGGCAACUAAGUGGUCUAGAACCUCUAAGAUACAGAUGUUGUUAAUUAGUUAGUAACGUAAACGUUCCAUGUGACUGUAACUCCCAACACUCCACCCUUACUGCUUUCUCCAUGCCCUCCAUGACACUGAAGCAGUGUAUGUUCAAAUGCAGUCUCUGAAGAGGGGUAGUACUGUUCUUUACAGUAUUCUGCGUAGUAACAGAACAGAUUAGCUGUUGUGACUGAUUUUGAGAUUAAGUCCCUCUGUUAGAGGAGUAGCUAAUGCUAACUCUAGGUUAUACACAAAGUAUGACUGAAUGGUAGCUUUAGAGAUGGAUAGAAAAACCUGAGAGUAUGUAUAUCGGUUAUAAUAAAGAUGAUAAUUUUAAGACCCCGUACAGUAUAAAGCCCCUCUAUAUCAGAAAAGCUACACACAAGUAAAUAUCUUCUAUAACCUGUUGUAUUCCAAACCGCAAACUGACUUGUGUUUUAUGCAAGAUGUCACCUUCAGAAAACAAUUGAAAGUGUUCGAUGAAUUUGCCUUUCACACUUGCCUACUGUAGUAUUGUACUGUGUUUGAUGUCAGUUCAUUGUGGGAUAAAAAACAGACCUUACUUUUUGCAUGAGUAGCGAAAACAGAACUGUAAGUGGAAGUUAGUGUGAAAUGUGAGAUGUAUGUGUGUAUCUCUCAUUUUAUUUAAGUUUUUCUAUGAUAUAUUCAAUGUGUUUCUUAUUGUGACAUUCCCUUUUUUUUUGCAUUUCUAAAGAAAAACAGUCAUU